CACACUGACUUUUUCUCAGGCAUUUUCCCUGGAAAAAUUUUCCCAUCCCUUUUGCCUAGAAUGCUCAGUCCUGGUCCCCAACUUCCAACUUUCCUGGCUUCCUUUAAGUCUUAGCUCAAAUUCCAGUUUUUGUACAAAGUCUUUCCUUAGAGUCCCUAAAUGUAGUAUUCUUAUAUCCAAGUUAUCCUAUAAAUAUCUUAUUUAUACAUAGUAUUUUGCAUAUUGUCUCCUCCUUGACUAUAGUGAGUUCAUAGAGACAGUAUCUUUGACUUUGUAUCAUCUGCUCUUAGUACAAUGCAUGGCAUGUAAAUGCUUAGACUUGACAUAUAUAUUUGAAUGGGAAAAAUUCUUUAAAUGGGCUAGUGAUGCUUUGUUAAUAGGGAAAAUAGGAGUAAGCUGAAUAAUUCAAGUUCUGAAAUGCAGCCCCUAUACAUUUGAAUCUGUGAAAUCUAAUUACACUUUAGAGUUGUUCCAUUUCCAGUGGUUGACUUUAGGUCGCAUACCAAUGAAAAGAUGUCCAUUACAGAAGAAUGUACUUGAAAAUGUUAAGAUAUUGCUGCGACUUCUGUGGCUGAGUUUCUGUGACUUGUCAGGCUAAGGCACCAUUCUUAGAAAUGAUCUCUCACUAACAACCUUCCACGCCCAGCUGCUUCAUCCUCAAGGUAAUGCAAAGGCCUUGACAGAAAUAGAGACUACAUUUCCCAGAACUCGUGGAGCUACAUGGCCUCCCAUUCAGACUCGAUUUCCCAGAAUCCAUCUUCAGGACGGACUGGGGCGGAGCCCUCUGGGAAAUGUAGUCCGAGAGUGGAAUUUGGGGCGGCUUGAAGUGGUAACGGGUGCGCAGGCGUGAUAGCGUGUUGGACCCGAAGUGUAGGACUUUGGACCAUCCUAGGUCUAGAGCCCUGCAUUCUCAAGACUGCCUUUAUUUAAGAGGGUAAUCAAGAAGAAGAAGGAGGAGGAGAAAUGGCUCCCAUGUUCCUGACAGCCAGGUCCCAGGAAUCAGUUACAUUCAAGGAUGUAGCAGUGAACUUCACCCAAGAAGAAUGGCAGCAACUGAACCCUGUCCAGAGGGACCUCUACAGGGAUGUAAUGCUGGAGAACUACAGAAACCUCAUUUCACUGGGGCUUCCCAUUUCUAAACCUGAUGUGAUUUUCCAAUUGGAGCAAGGGGAAGAGCCUUGGAUAUUUGAUUUACAAGGAACUGAAGAAAAAACAGUUCCAAGAAAUACUUCUCUAGUUUCAGGCUGGGAAUAUAUUCCUGAAAUCCAGAAAUCAGUUCCAAAGCAAAACAUUUCUGAAGAAGAAGGAUCACCAGACACAUUAACAGAAAGAAUUGGAGGAGAGAUUUCUGUAUCUGAGGACAGAUUUGAGAAUCAAAGAGAAAACUUUGAAGGAAAGACAAAAGAAAAACCCCUUUCUCAUGAGAAAAGUUUCAAGCAAAUAUCAAUAACUCCUACCAAAAUAAACACUAAAGAGAGAGGCCAUGAAUGUAAUCAGUGCAGGAAAUCCUUUUUUGAUCGUUCUUCCCUUAAUCGACAUCAGAGAACUCAUACUGGGGAGAAACCUUAUGAAUGUAAAGAAUGUGGGAAAACCUUCAGCCAUAGCAGCAGCCUUCGGAGACAUGAGAUGACCCACACAGGAGAAAGUCCCUAUGAAUGUAGUGAAUGUAGGAAAGCUUUCUAUGACCGUUCAUCUCUUGCUGUGCAUGAGAGAAUUCAUACUGGAGAGAAGCCAUAUGAAUGUGAUGACUGUGGGAAAGCCUUCUUUGACAGAUCAUCUCUCACUCGACAUCAAAGGAUUCAUACUGGUGAGAGUCCCUAUGAAUGUAAUGAAUGUGGGAAAGCCUUUAGUCAAAAAAGCAUACUUACUCGACAUCAGCUAACACAUACAGGAGAGAAACCCUAUGAGUGUAAUGAAUGUGAAAAAGCAUUCUUUGGCCUCUCAUCCCUUAUUCGACAUCAAAGGACUCAUACUGGAGAGACUCCCUUUAAAUGUAAUGAAUGUGGGAAAGCCUUUUUUGAUCGCUCAUCCCUUACUCAACAUCAGAAAAUUCAUAGUAAAGAGAAGCCCUUUGAGUGCAAUGAAUGUGGGAAAGCCUUCAAUCAAAGAAGUCAUCUUAACCGCCAUCAGAGAACUCAUACUGGAGAGAAACCCUAUGAAUGUAGUGUAUGUGGAAAAGUUUUCAGUAGCAAGUCAUCUGUUAUCCAACAUCAACGACGUUAUGCCAAAGAAUAACCCUGGGACUAUUAUGAAUUUGGGGAAAACUUCAUUUAUCCUUUUCACUUUAUUCUAUUACCAAUAUUUAAGUUGACCCCAUUGAAAUAUUAAGAUGGGGCGAUCUAUCUUAAAUGUUUCUUAAAUCUGCUACCUUUUCUGGCUACUGUUCUAUUUUUUCUCCUUUCUUUUGCCUCCUAAUUUCUUGAACAAAUGGCAUAAAGGUACCAUAUCAUAAAUUGA